UCCCGCGGCGGCGGCUGCAACGGGGGAUGGAGGGGCGUCGGCGGGGAGGUGUGGGGGUGGGGGGCUUGCGGAGGCGACGGGCAUUCGGGGGCAAAUGCCGUGCUGCGGCGGCGCCGUCGCCGUCGGAUGAGGGGGGUCGUUGCGGCGGCGGCGGGGUGGCUAGGGCGAAUGGUGCGACAAGGCGAUUCUUUCUCGAGUGUGUGCAAAUCGCUGCGCGAGGCAGCAGCAGAUCAACGCCUGAUUGGAGAUCCUUUGCCCCUCCCUCCUAUCAGUCCUUUACUUCUUCUAUAUAUCAUCAUGUUGUCUCUACCUUCUUUAUUAUGCAGCUACACUUGUGGUUUCAGACUUUCAGUUCAGUUUGGUCAGAUUUAUCUACUGACCAACUAUCUGUUGGUGUUUCAGUUCAAUUCCUGGACGACAUACAUUGGUUAUCUUUCUUGUAGCAGUGUAAUGUUAAUCUUCUGCAUCUUGUUUGUUGCAUUGGCCGAUCGAAUCAAAUUGCAGCAGCACAUGUCAAAAUUGGGAUUCUGGGCCUGCUAUUAUUAUGUUUCAAUCAUCUUCUUUCAUGUCAUUUAAUUGUUCUGAUCCUAGGUGGCAAUUGAUAUUAAUGCGUACGUGCAUCCCCAGUUUGCUCAUGUUCAUAGUCAGCAACUAGCUAGCUCAUGAACUAUAUAUGCAUCCUAGCUACAUGCCAGUCAAUUAUCUGAUGCACUGUUGAUCGUCGAAGCCGACUUAAUUAUGAUUUAAUUUCAGUUCGCUCAGAUUAAUUUGCUGCUGCUAGUGUACCUAUGUUUAAUAAAUUUCUGGAUGGCUGCUACUAUCCAGUGUAAUGUUGACCUGCAUCUUAUUAGUGGGGCAACUGAAUCUACAGCUAGCGGAUGUCAAAAAAUUGGGCAUGUUAUUUUUUCAUCAUCUUCUGUUAUGUCAUUUGCUCCAAUUCUAGAAUUGAUGGCGGUCUUGAUUAAGGAUCUGAGCAUCGCCCCUCAGUUCAUGAAUAGUGUCUGGAAUGGCGUAACACUGACCCUCGUCUGUUACAGAUGAACUGAUUAUACACUUUUUUCUUCCGAAUAGAUGAACUGAUGAUUGAUAGUCACCAAGAAACUCAUAAACUGCAUUCUACAUGCUAGUGUAAUGCGAUCUGCAUCUUAUCUGUGUGACAAUCAAAUCGAUUUGAGCAGCGCAUGUCAAACGGGGAUUUUGGACAUCCUACUAUCUCUGUUUAAUUAAUUCCUUGAUGGUCUUAAUUAGCUAGCCAUUCUAGCUCACUGCCUCACCUAAUCGAAGUGAGGUGUGGGAUCGCUGGAACUGCUGACAAGUCGUUUAAUUUAUCUCAUUUUGCAGAGUUAUUGUUUCAGUCCAGUUUCAGAUUCACUGCUGCUAUGCUACUAUCUGUGUUUAAUCUACCUUAGUGUCAUCGAUUAGGGGAAUCAGUGUAGUAGUCUAAUGUUGAUCUGCAUCUUAGCUGUUGGGCGAUCGAAUCAAAUUGCAGCUAGCGGCACUUGUCCAAAUUGGGAUUGCAGACAUGCCACUAUGUUUUGCUCAUGUUGUGUGAUAUCAUUUGUUCGAUUGAUGUCAACCGUGUUGAUCGAUUUGUUCUAUUAAUUCUAGCUGUGAUGAUUGAUUAAUUAUCCCAUGCAUUGUUGAUUGUCGAAGCCAAGCUCUUCUUAUCAGUCGUUUAUUUCAUCUAGGCUCUCUAUUAAUUCUGUAUGCCGGUUAAUUAAUAUGUGCUCUAUGUUAUGUAUGCAGAUCAUUGGCAUUUUAUUGUUCACAGAAAUGGUCGACCGAGGCAAUAACUAUGAGUAUAUUAGACCUGGACUCUCUAUCUUGCGGACGCAAGAUGGACCCACCUGCCUUUUCAAUGCAAUAGGGUACACCACGGAUUUAGCGUGGCCAGGAGUUUGGAUUGAUGCUGAUUCUUAUGCGGACGACUACGAGAGUCAGUUGCUGGUACCUGUGGGGUACGACUGGAGUCCCCGUGCCAUUACUGCACUUGAGUUAUUCAAGAAUAGAGGGGUCAAGGCAAUUUGCAAGGAUGGAAAUGAGAUCCGGGUACGCAUCGCAGGUUACAAGUGCCAUGCGCCCAUGAUACAUGAAAGGGUGUUUCAUAUGAUAGAGUCUGGGGCCAACCUGAUGGGAACCUUUGCCGUGCGGCCCAAGGAAUUUGCUAACUUGGGGGAUAGGAUUUAUGAGCUCGACACACCGUUCCAACCUAAUGAGCGUCCGGCGUCGCAUAUCGUCACGUUUGUUGGGCACGGAAAGAAGAAUGGACGUCCAUACUUGGUUUUCUUGAACACCCACGGGUCUGAAUUUGGGACACUUGGAUUAGGACGGGUCUACUUCGAUCAGGUGUUCCAGGAUCCCAGGGAAGAGCAUAAGGGAUUUAGGUUCAUAUCCGUGAUUGCUGGUGCUCAUCCUACCCAGGCAGCAAAGCGUCGGCGGCGGCAUACUACCAGAACCCAGGAAGAGCAGAGGAGGAAGACACCGUACUGAGGAAACUGCUCGAUGACGGCCAUGCCAGAGGUGAAGAGCACCGAAACACAUGACGUACACUUGUUCGUGGAAGAGGCUGCCAAAGUUCUUUGGCUGACAGAAAAAGCAUAGUCCCAAUGAGGGGUGGUCUUGUUGAGAAUUCGUUUACAAUAUGCAUCUUGUAUCUGUGAUCUACGUAGUCUUCCAGCCACUUUAUCUCUCUGGGUUUGGUAACUCUCAACGUCCCAGUCUUCUAGACUAGAACAGCGACAUGUAUGUUUGGAUUCUUGGACUGUCAUGUAUGAUUGAA